CUUCCGAGGUAGCACCGGAAGUACGGUGCUCGGAAGGAUCCGACCCAGGAGGGCUCGCGUAGUCCUCGUCGUCACUGGGCUUGGAGGAGUCGGCUAGAAGUCAGAGGCGCGGGGGACCUGAGUAUAUGUCCACGCCAUCGUCGUGACCGCCGGCAGGCCCCUUUUCUGUGCCUUCGUUGGCUUAGCUGCGAAGUGAGUCGUGGGCGAGCUGCUCUCAGCGUCCUGGAGAUCGAGGUCGUUCGGGCAGCGCCCGUGGGAGACGAAGGCCAGAGAAACAGUCCUGGGUUCUGAACUUGCCAUCGAAGAAACCCGGGAGGAGGAGUUGACAGUCUUCCCAUCCCUCACCCCCCUGGGACGGGCCCCAGCAUGUCUCAGGCCACCAAGAGGAAGCAUGUGGUGAAGGAGGUGCUGGGGGAGCAUAUGGUGCCCUCUGACCAGCAGCAGAUCGUGAGGGUACUCAGGACCCCAGGGAACAAUCUGCAUGAGGUGGAGACAGCCCAGGGGCAGCGCUUCCUGGUGAGCAUGCCCUCCAAAUACCGGAAGAACAUCUGGAUCAAGAGAGGCGACUUUCUCAUUGUUGACCCGAUUGAAGAGGGAGAAAAAGUGAAGGCCGAGAUCUCCUUUGUGCUCUGCAAAGACCAUGUGCGCUCUCUGCAGAAGGAAGGGCUCUGGCCUGAGGCCUUCUCAGAAGUGGCUGAGAAGCACAACAACAGUAGGAACAGACAGACUCCGCCAGAACUCCCAGUGGAGCCACAGUCAUCAGGAGAAGAGUCCAGCUCUGAAGAUGAUUCUGACCUCUUUGUUAACACCAACCGCAGACAGUAUCAUGAGAGCGAGGAGGAGAGCGAAGAGGAAGAGGCAGCCUGAGUCCCUCGACCCGCUUCUCUUGCCCAGAGACUAGGAUUGGCUCCUCUGAGCUCAGACAUUCCGGGGUGCUCUGCAGAUCCUCCCCCUCUGGAUGGGGGACAAGGCAGGACCCCUCUCUGAACUGACCUUCUGCUCAAGGAGAAUUAAACCCCUGGUGGGUGACGACUUGUGCUGGUGUCUGAGUGGCUCUCUGGAGGGAGGAGGGAUUCGUGAAGUUACAGACUGCUCCUUGGUGCAGGUCCUAAACAGGCAGGAGAUGGAAAUGGCUGGAACCUUUCCUAGAUUCUCACUGGGCACUCAGUAAGUGCCAGGCCCUGUGCUGUGCCUUCAUGCAUGUAUUUACUAACUGGGAGCAAUCCUUCUCUGUUGCCUGCUGGCAAGUAAUACUGAGUCAGGCAUUCAGGAGCACGGCGGAAGGAUCUAGUGCCUCCGCCUCUAAGAGACACUCAGGACAAAUUUCAUAGUGCCUCGUAAGCUGUUUUCCUGGCAUGCCAGUCACCACGACUGCAGGAAUGCCCACCUCCGUGCUGUGGUGUACAUCCUCUGCCUGGUGGCGGCCUUGUGGCUA